GUGUUUCAUGGUGGCCACUUCGAGUCACUUACUUGUUUUGGUGUUUUUAAGAUUUUGUGCCUAGGCCGGGCCUCGGCGGGCUUGGAGGUGACGAUUGUGCCCCACGAGCCAACUGCAUCUGGCAUGGUACAGGGAUGCCCACUGUAGCCAGCACUGUAACAAGCGCUGUCAACACUGGCAUCUCUUGUCCUCCAGCACAAUGACGUUGUCCCGUCAGCCCUGCCAACACCGUUGGUACUCCAGUCGACAAGUUACAACAAGACAACAGAGGCAGAGGUCGGCCGUUGACAGCACCUUCGCAGCAUCGGCGCAUGCGCCAGGACUGGCGACAAGAAACGGCCUCGCGCAUUUCCCGACGCCGCGCUUCCCUUCGCCCGAAGGACUCAUCGCACAUGAGCAAACGUGCUCAACACGGCGCGGGUGCACCCGCCAGCAGACACCGAAAUACGGGGUCAUGGUGUUUGCUGACGGCGAGGCCAGUUGCAGAGGUGAGUCAGGGCAAAGCACAGAGCAGCAGUCAGAGAUAAUUUCUCGGAGCUGGCCACCAACCCGCACCCAGCGCCCAUCCUGCUUCUCCCGACCCCCAGCCCCAGCAGCUGGGCCACCUGGCCAGCACAACGUUCCAGCAAUUACAGCGCUCCAGCACACUCAGCCCCCCUGAGCCCGGCGCCGCCCGUUCUCAGCGGCCCCCCUAUAAGCCCACCAAUCAGCAGCCCCCUCUCGUUCAGCUCCGUUCCACGCCCCUUCCCUUUCCGGCCCGUCCUUGGUGGAGUUUGCUCCUUCGACUUACACUU